AUGAGUGCCCACGUCGUGGUGAUUGACGCGACGGCCAGGCGGGCAACGAUUAAGACUACGCCUUCCAAGCACUUGACCGAUAUCCUUCAGGAAGCAUCUUCGAAGCUUGGAUAUAAUGCCAAUCAAUAUUCAUUGAAACACAAUCGCAAGCAAUUAGAUCUGUCUCUUUCCUUUCGUCUCUCUGGUCUCAGCUCCGGCGCAAAGCUUGAACUUGUUCAACUCUCUCGCUCUCCGUCAGUAGUAACUGUCGGCCUGCAACUGCCCGAGUCGGAGGCUCGUGGUGCCCCAAAUGGCCGCAUACUUGAUAAGUUCCCUAGUACGACUACACUCUGGCUAGUGCUACGCAAGUUCGAAGCCGGGGUUGCGGGCAGUGGCCCGAUACGGAACCUCACAUCACGGGCAGCGCCCUCUGCCGAGGGCGGAGAUAGCGCCGGACGACUGUAUUAUGAAAUUCCCGUGCUUCAGAUCUUGGAACGUGAAGUAUCAAGCUUCACGGAUCUACAAAAGACCUUGGCCCAAUUAGGGUUCAACAGCGGAAGUGUUCUUAUGCGACUUAGUUUCCGACGAACAGAGGAACCUAUUGAAGAAGCCAUGGUCAAAAUUGGUGAAUUCUUCAAGUCCUCAGAGGAUGAGGUUCCUUCGACACAGGAUAACAACGCGGCGCCCGCAGCAGUCCCCAUUGGAAGCGAAAGUCAGGAGCCAGCUCCCCAGCAGCCGAGCGCAUCGCCACCUGAGCCUUCCAACGUCACUGCAGCAUCUGACCAAGCCGGUCCUCCCUCAUCCACUGCUGAGCCAGUUGUUGGAGCAACCGACUCUGUCCGAAAUGUCACUGUCUUCUCUCCUCCCUCUGACGACACUCCUUCAUCCGCAAAGUUGGCAUAUAACGAGAAUGAUUACGUACCUUCUAUUGAGCAUGCAAAACUGCACCAGCGGUUGCUCAACCAGUCCUCUCGCCCCCAGCGCCUGCCAACGGAUGCGGAGAUUGUCGCCAAAACAGAAGCAGAAGCGGCGAAACGCGCAGCGAUCCGGGACGUUGAUGUGAAAAUCCGCUUCCCAGAUCAGAGCCAGGUGGUCGCCAGAUUCGGACCAUCAGACACAGGACAGUCGUUGUAUGACUUUGCGCGGGGAUGUCUUGCUCCACCGUUUGCGAGUGAGGAAUUCAAUCUGACUGUUCACGGUGUCGCGAAAUCUAAACAUCCAAGCGCCAUACCCGUAUCAGAUAAGAAGCAUCUGAUUAAACACCUUGGGCUUGCUGGUCGUGUGCUUGUCAAUUUCUCCUGGGCUGAUAGCGCUCCCGCCUUUGUUCAUGAACGCCGCGCGGAGACUCUCCGCCCCGAGCUUCGAAGCCAGGCUCAACAGAUCAAGGUGGAACAACCGCCAGAGUCCAAGGAGGAAGAUGAGGCUGGUCCCUCGAAGCCAAGUCCGAGUGCCGCCCAGGGGGAGAUAAGCCCAGUGGAGCACGCAAGAGUGGUGCUAUGCCCAAGUGGCUGA